CUUUUUCUUUUUUUUUUUUUUCCUUAUCGUUAUCAUGGCACCUCAAUCACCUCGUAUGCCUACACAACAACGACGUUCUACUUUGGACGAAGAUCAUGUCUUUGAUAAUGCUGCUGUUGGACAUCAACUGAAUGCUGAUCGUCAUGACAUGUUAGCACCUGAUUUCUCUCGUGUCCUUGUCAUAUAUACUGGUGGUACCAUUGGUAUGAAACACACACCUGAACAUGGUUAUAUUCCAUUCCCAAACUACUUGGCCAAGUCCUUAUCUCGAGUGCAAAGAUUUCAUGAUCCUAGGAAUCCUUAUGGUUACAGCACAAUGAGUCGAAGAUCUUCUAGUGAUAGUGUGGAUAGUCUCCAGUCCGACCAAUCUCAGCAACAAGAUCCUUUGACCUCACCUUCGCCACCAAUCAUGGAUAGUUCUUUUGGACAAAUUACCAAUACAGUACGUUCUAUUUCUCGAGUGAAAGAUGAAUCAUCAUCACAACAAAAGGAUGAACUUAUUAUUCAACAACUACCAAGCUUAAUCACUCCUAUCAGUUUAUAUGGAAAACGAAUCAGAUACUCCAUCCUUGAAUACGAUCCCUUAUUGGACUCCUGCAACAUGACGAUGGAAGACUGGGUUCGGAUUGCGAAGGAUAUUGAAGUCAACUAUGAAUACUUUGACGCUUUUAUUGUUCUUCACGGAACAGAUACCAUGGCAUAUACUGCUAGUGCACUUAGCUUCAUGUUAGAAGAAUUAGGAAAAACAGUGAUUAUUACUGGAUCUCAAGUUCCUUUGACUGAAGUACGAAAUGAUGCUGUGGAAAAUUUACUGGGAGCUUUGACAAUUGCUGGUCACUUUGUUAUUCCUGAAGUCAGUCUGUAUUUUGGUAAAAGAUUAUACCGUGGAAAUCGAACAAGCAAGAUUAGUGCUGUGGAUUUUGAAGCAUUUGAUUCACCAAAUUUACCUUCCUUGGUUGAUGUUGGAAUCGAUAUUGAUGUACGAUGGCCACUUGUUCUUCGACCUACUGAAAUCAGUAAAUUUUUUGCAAGUACUAAAUUGAAUCCAAAUGUUGCCACCUUACGUCUCUUCCCAGGCAUUAACGAAACGACUGUGCGAAUGAUGUUAGCAGCACCGACUGAAGGUGUAGUAUUAGAAACAUAUGGAGCAGGAAAUGCACCAGCAAGACCAGAGUUACUUCAAGCACUCAAGGAAGCAAGUGAUCGUGGUGUGGUGAUUGUCAAUUGUACUCAAUGUCGAAAAGGAUUGGUGACGGAUGUCUAUGCAACUGGGAAGCAAUUGGCCAAGGUGGGUGUUGUUGCUGGUGCUGACAUGACACCUGAAUGUGCUCUUACCAAACUCUCUUAUCUUUUGGGACGUGUACCUGAUGAUCCUGCCAAAGUUCGACAACUGAUGACCAAAAAUCUACGAGGGGAACUCACAGUUCGUACACUCCAAACCAAGUUUAGUGCAUCAUCGAAUCGUACUCAUGCAUUGGUGGAAGUCAUCAUGGAUUGGAUAGGUCAAGGCAAAUGGGCAGCAAAACAGCAACAUCAUGGUGACAAUGACAGAAAGGAUGAUAUCAACAAAUACUUAGCACUACCAGAUUUGACUCUUUCUAAUGAAGAUCAACAACUCGUCGAACGAUCCCUUGGCCCAGUUCUUUUGUGUUCAGCAGCUGGUACAAACGAUAUGGAUGGACUGACAUCUCUUUAUGAAAGUAUGGGUGAUCAUAUGAAUGUGAACUGUGUGGAUUAUGAUGGAAGGGUACCUCUGCAUGUGGCAAGUAGAGAAGGACAUAUCGAAAUAGUGGAAUUCUUAUUGAAACAUGGUGCUGCUGUACAUAUCCGUGAUCGAUCUGGUCAUACUCCUCUUUACGAAGCUUUGGUGUGGAAACGAUCUGAAGUGGUCCGUAUGCUCUGUCGUGCUGGUGCUCAUUUAGCAGAAGUUGAACUGGAUGAUUUUGGUUAUGUAUGGAUGAAGGCAGUACGUGAUGGUGAUGUGAAAUUCAUCAAAUUGGCUUUGGAAUCCGGUUGGCGGGUCAACUGGGCUGAAUCUAUCGAACAACGACGUGCAGUGGAUAUUGCUGUUAUGGAAGGAAAACUUACUGUACUCAAAGUGUUACUUGGUGAAUCUGAUUUGGAUCUUACUUCACCUGAUCGUUGGGGAACUACUAUUCAAAUGAAAUUGAAUAUACUUCGACAAAACUUGACAACAAUGGUGGAUACUCCAUCAAGACUUGGUUUGACAAUCGAUGUAGUGGAUGAAAUGGAACGUUUGAUAAAGAAUAGAUUACGAUAGACUAGUUUUUUAUAUAUUUAAUAAAGAAAUGAUAGACACAUCCUCUUUU